GUUUAGUGAAAAGGCAAACAUCAGACUGUUCGGACGCUUUUUGGAGUCAGGAAAACGGCAGUAAAUAUAAGAUACAACUUUCCAAAGGAAUAUCUGUUAUCAUCAAUUGACACACAAUGGGCGCCGUGCAGCCAGGAGCAGUUGUGACCAUUGAAAACACCUGGGUGCACUCGUCUCCACACAGCCCCCUGCCCCCUUACGCGGUGAUCGGUGGCCAUGACUCGGACCGCUCGCCCAUCUAUGUGGGUCGAUCCUUUCACGAGGGCGAGAAUCUGCCCGCCAAGGUGAUACCGAGCAAGGGAUGCGCCUAUGUGGCCUACGGUGGUGCGGAGCACAAGAAGACGCACUACGAGGUGCUGGUGGGCCAGGGAUUCGCCUGGGUGCCCAGUGCCAGUGGUGGAGUGCCACCGAAUGCGGUGCGCAGUGGAACCACGCGUACGGGUGAGCCGCUCUACGUGGGACGCGGACAUCAUGCCGGCAGCUUGACUGUGGGCAAGGUUCAUCCCUCGCACGGCUGCCUGUACAUUCCAUUCGGCGACCAGGAGGUGCGCAUCAACACCUACGAGGUGCUCAUCAAGCAGCAGCACGACGUCUGGGUGCCGGCCUCGCCCAGUUACACUCCGCCGGGUGCAGUGAUCGCCGGACACGACUCCGACCGUACCCCGAUCUACGCCGGCAGGGCGAUGCACGAGGGCGAAAUGCUGCCCGCCAAGGUGGUGCCGAGCAAGGGCAGCGCCUACGUCUGCUUCGGCGGAUACGAGUUCCAGAAGCCCAGCUACGAGGUGCUCACUGGCUACGGCUAUGUGUGGACCAGCUGCGGCCCCCACAUUCCACCUAACGCCGUGACCACGGGUCGUGCGCGCAAUGGAGAGCUCCUGUACUUUGGACGGGGACACUACCAGGGCAGCUUGACUCCGGGUCUGAUCUCGGCCAGCCAGCGGUGCCUCUAUAUCCCCUACGGAGGUCGGGAGAUUCGCGUCAACUCCUACGAGGUUCUCUGCAGGCAAUAAGCUAAAGGAACGGAACCCUACACAUAUACCACUUGCAUUUAUCCCAGAUCACAAUGUGCUCGAUCACAAUAAACCCAAGGAUCUGUUUGCAUUUUGGGUUCCAGCUAUUUAAUACCUAUCCCUUGAAAUUUAUCAUACUGAUUUAUGGCAUCAGACUAAACCAACGAAUGGAUUGUUAGAUUAGACUGAUACUAGACAAUUUAUGAGCUAAGAUAGUGGCUUAUAUUUGUUGUAACCUACUUUUUAAAUCCACUUACAUGUUUUUUCAAAGACUUUCUACCAAUAAAAAUUAAAAUAGAAUUUUA